GUGAAGAACUAUUAUCUUUCAGAUGGCACACUGGAUUUCAAACCGUUGUGUAAUUAGUGUGCAAGGGUGCGGUGUUGAGUAAAAGGAUCUUGCAAAACUCAUGGCCACUGAAGUCGGCCUUCAUUGGUGCAAACAGGUUAGGUGACUUUCUCAGACCUGUCUCUAACCUCUGCGUUUGUUCCCUUGCUCUCACACAGGAUCUCACACCACAGAACAACACAUGAGGUAGUCCAGGGUGUUGCUGGUUUAAUUAUUGUCUGUUUUGUUCUUUAAUGGAAUUACCAUAAAGGGCUGAGAUUCAUCAGGAUGAAAGGAAUUAUAACGGCGGCCUUUUUGUUAAUUUCUGGUUUUUGUUCCUUCAAAAUCAGCUCUGCAGAAUUUCACUUUGUGAAUGUUUUAAUGAACUAUACGAGUGCACAGAAUUUUUGUCGAGAGGAGUUCAGUGAUUUGGCGACCGUCGGUAACUCUUCAGAUGAGCUGAGCUUGGCGGCCGUAGUUCCAGACGGUAUCGUCAGGACCUGGAUAGGACUGCGGCUGGCAGACACUGCCACAUGGUACUGGGCCAGGCCUGACCACAAGCUGGUCUAUCUGAACUGGGAGGAAGGAGAGCCCAAUGCUACGACCCCAGAGAGCUGUGGAGCGAUGAACUCCGACGGGCGGUGGUUUGAGAGUGGAUGUGACACCAGAAGAGGCUUUGUUUGUGGAGGUGACGACACGCACGGCCCCGUGUUUGUGGCCGAUAAGAAGUCGUGGCGCAGGUCCCAGGACCACUGCAGGGGGCUGUCCAGGGACCUGGUCAGCGUCCGGUCCGCAGCGGAGAACAGCGCCGUGCAGGGGGGCCUCACAGAGGCCUCUGUGUGGAUCGGCCUCUUCAAAGACCGCUGGAGGUGGUCCGACGAAGACGGCUCCUCGUUCCGCCUCUGGAAGACCAACCAACCCAGCAGCAACCAUCAGAACUGUGUGGUGGCUGUUUGGAGGGAUGGCGGAAGAUGGAAUGACGUGAAAUGUCAAAACAAUCGCAGGUUCAUUUGUCAGGGGGCAAGGAAGAUAAACCCCAGGCCUUCCCCAGUCACCCAACAGACUGCUGUUACACCUGGAGAUAACCUCUCAUCAACAGUCAUCCAACAGACUGCAGUUACACCUGGGGAUAACCUCUCAUCAGCAGUCACCCAACAGACUGCUGUUACACCUGGAGAUAACCUCUCAUCAGCAGUCACCCAACAGACUGCCGUUACACCUGGGGAUAACCUCUCAUCAGCAGCCAUCCAACAGACUGCUGUUACACCUGGAGAUAACCUCUCAUCAGCAGUCACCCAACAGACUGCUAUUACAAUCCUCUCAUCACCAGUCAGCCAACAGACUGCUGUUUCAAUCCUCUCAUCACCAGUCACCCAACUGACUGCUGUUACAAUCCCCUCAUCACCAGUCACCCAACAGACUGCUGUUACAACCCUCUCAUCACCAGUCACCCAACAGACUGCUGUUACAAUCCCCUCAUCACCAAUCACCCAACAGACUGCUGUUACAACCCUCUCAUCACCAGUCAGCCAACAGACUGCUGUUACAACCCUCUCAUCACCAGUCAGCCAACAGAAUGCUGUUACAAUCCUCUCAUCACCAGUCAGCCAGGUGACCCUCUCAUCACCAGUCAGCCAACAUAACCUCUCAACACCAGUCAGCCAACAGAACCUCUCAUCACCAGUCACCCAACAUAACCUCUCAACACCAGUCAGCCAACAGAACCUCUCAUCACCAGUCACCCAACAGAACCUCUCAUCACCAGUCAGCCAGGUGACCCUCUCAUCACCAGUCAGCCAGGUGACCCUCUCAUCACCAGUCAGCCAACAGAACCUCUCAACACCAGGCAGCCAACAGACUGCUGUUAAACCUGGAGACAUCCUCUCAUCAACAGUCACCCAACAGACUGUUACAGCCGGGCACAUCUUCUCAUCCCCAGUCACCCAACAGAACCUCUCAUCACCAGUCAGCCAGGUGACCCUCUCAUCACCAGUCACCCAACAGAACCUCUCAUCACCAGUCACCCAACAGAACCUCUCAUCACCAGUCAGCCAACAGAACCUCUCAUUACCAGUCAGCCAACAGCACCUCUCAUCACCAGUCACCCAACAGACUGUUACAGCCGGGCACAUCUUCUCAUCACCAGUCACCCAAAGCAUAACUACCCAGACAGUUUUCCCGGUCCCACAAGCGGACCCAACAACCGUUCCACCCAGCCCUGUGUCGGCCUCUACUGCCACGACACACACCGCAGCACCAGCCAGAAAUUUGAUUUUAAUUCAGAAGAACAUGUCGUGGAUGGAGGCGUGGAGCUACUGCAGGACCCACCACACUGCCCUGGUCUCCGUCCACAGCGAGGAGCUUCAGGCCCGCGUGGGACGGGCCGCCGAGAACGCCACGUCGCCCCACGUCUGGCUCGGGCUUCGCCACGCCUUCAACUUCUGGUACUGGAUCAAGUGGGGCGAUGGCUGUUAUCAGAACUGGGCCCCGGGCCACGGGGCGGAGAGGACGUAUGACUGUGGCAUGGCAGGUGCCCUAGAGGCCACUAGGGGGCAGCAGUGGGUGGCCUUACCCGACACGGAAGAACUCAACUUCAUCUGUUUUACGUGUGCUGGGGCCGCAGCGGGCCUGAGCUGAUCUUCGUUUACUUGUGUAUGUCGUAUCUAUGUGUAAAUAAAAAUAAAAAAAGUAUCUUCCCAAAAGUUUUCACUCAAUUUAUCAGGUCUUCACAAGACCUCCACAUAGGGCUAGGUUUUGGUCGUUUGGAUUUGAAAUUAAUGCAUUCAAGUGUUCGGCAGCAUCUCAUGUGGUUCCUCUCCUCCUCAUAUUGAGGUGCUACACAUGCGGCUGUGGGCCAGGCUUCUUUUGUUUCCUUGGAUUCCAUUGAAUAUGAAACCGUUUUGGAGUGGAGGCGUUCCCCCACAGUCACGGGCAGCAGGAGUGAUGUGAGAACAUUGAUCCGCUCUUUGCCUUUCACUUGGGGGUGAACAUUUGCAUAUUGACCCCCUAAGUUGGACCCUGAGAAUCUUUUUGAGACCACCAGGAUAUGCCCCGUGACUUGACCUUCAGAGGCAGCAUGUGGCCUCACCCGGCCCGCUCUCCUCCCGCGGCGCCACAUCAGAGGGGAACCAGCGUUGCGCUGAGAACCUUUCAGCCAAUUGUUCGGUUUGUUGGGGAUUUCGUCUACUAAUACUGUUUAUUUAAUUCUAUUACAGUUUUUUGGGCAAACUCAUCCAUGAAAAUGUGCUAAAUAUUGUCCUGUGAAAGGAUGAACGGAUCAGUGUAAGGUCUUAAUAAUGGAUGCAUUUUAAAAUAUUCCAUCGUUCCAUUCCACUAAACCAAUAAUUUCAAUUGACAGCAGUUUCAAUGCUCUUCCAUUUUGACUCAAAUAUUGGAAUAUCUUUAAUGAAGGUUUUUGGUAAAAAAAAAUGUGUACGAUAAUAGAAGUCUCUAAAUCCAUGCAAGACCAACGCAUCGGCGAGCCUGGCGUUCCCGAGGUGCAGUGUGAGGCGUGUCCAUCUGCAUGGACCAUUAGACAUGUUUCAUAGCUUAGUGAUCGCUUCCCCUGAAAGCAUCGGUCAGUUCAAUGUUAAUGUCCCCUUUCUGGCCCCUCCCCCUUUUCUCACCAUCCUCUCCUCUUGUGUGCUGUCCAGCUGCCUCUGACCUCUGACCUCUGCCCCCUUACUCCUGACCCCGGGUACAUUCCCACGCCACACCCUUUUGUGGCCUGCUCGCCAUGGCAACACGUCGGUCACUCCCUUGCAUAUCCCCUGAGAUUAGGAUUCAGCUCCACUGGGAUGGGUGUAAUGUGCUCUAAUUUGGCCUAAUCCCAAAUCAGAUGUUGUUCUCUUUACAGUAUGGAGCUCAGAUUAGCAGCCUGAUAAGGAUAUAGUCCGAUGAAUAACUGUCAGGUUUUUAACAUGAUUAAAUAUUUAUAAAAACCAAAAAACUAAAGCUAUAAACAGCAGAGAUGAUAAACAGCGUGAAGUGUUAGCUGCAUGCGUGUUCAUGUCUGGCCUGAGAAACAUCCUUUAGAACUUCUACAUGAUGCACUCACGCCUAAAGUAAAAUUCUUCAUACUUUUUUUCAGCCUGCAAAUGUUUCCUUUUUUCAUCCAAGCGAUUCAAACAAAUUGAUU